AUGUUGCUGGGUUUAUCUAUAUCACGGAUAUCGAGACAUGGAGGGAGACAGCAGUUACAUAUCCCGGAGAUCGGCAGGGGUCCUUCCGAGGAAAUAUCUCGUCGCGGGAACUUGGACAUGUUUCGAAACAUGAAGUGUACAGAACAAAAUUGGACAUGGCUUGAUUAUAUAAACUACUCGAAGCACAAUUCUUCUUUUUAUAACAAAAUGCUAAUUGUUCUGGUUAAAACUACGAAUCGGUAUUAUUCCCCUCCAGAGAUUGGAAGGUUGAGCAAUCUCAACAGAUUGGAUUUCUCAUUAAAUAAACUCGUUGGAACAAUCCCUUCAACUAUUGGUCAUUUGAGCAAAUUGAUCUCUUUGGAUUUGUCUGAUAACAAUUUUAUUGGAUUAAUUCCAUCAGAGAUUAGAAACCUUCAAAGUCUUACUCGUCUUUAUUUGCAACAUAACUCACUCACUGGGAACAUACCUUCUCAACUUGGAGAAAUUCAUGCCAGGCAAUCCUUGCAUAUAGAUCUUUCGCACAAUCAUCUUUCUGGAACCAUCCCUAAAUCACUCCAGACAGUGUAUUACAUUGACUUGUCAUACAAUAAUUUGGAGGGUGAAAUUCCAAUUGGUUUGCAAUCUCAAGGACAGCAACAAUUUAGUGGUAACAAAGGUUUAUGUGGCCUAGUUGAUAAAGGCUUUUCCGCUUGUCACCAAAAGAAGGAUGAAAAACCUAAACCCGAGAAAAGGACAACCAAGGUUGGAGAUGUGUUUUCAAUUUGGAAUUAUGAUGGUAAAAUUGCAUUUGAAGACAUGAUUGAAGCAACAGAGGACUUUGACAUCAAAUACUGCAUUGGAACUGGGGGUUAUGGUAGUGUUUACAGGGCACAACUACCAAAUCGCAGAGUAGUUGCUUUGAAGAAGCUUCACAGUUUAGAAACUGAGGAGUCAACUUUCCUCAACAGUUUCCAAAACGAGGCCCAUGUACUGUCCAAAUUACGACAUAGAAAUGUUAUUAAGCUUUAUGGAUUUUGUUUACAUAAAAAAUGCAUGUUUUUAAUUUAUGAGUACAUGGAGAGGGGAAGCUUGUUUUGUGUUCUACGCAACAACAAUGAAGCUAUUGAGUUGGAUUGGAGUAGGAGGGUAAACAUUGUUAAGAAUAUUGCGCAUGCCUUGUCUUACUUACAUCAUGACUGCACUCCAUCAAUCGUUCACCGUGACCUAUCAAGCAACAACAUUCUACUAAACUCUGAAUUGGAAGCAUUUGUUGCUGAUUUUGGGUUGGCUAGACUUCUACAUCCCGACUCUUCCAAUAGAACCAUAUUAGUCGGAACUUAUGGAUAUAUAGCCCCAGAACUUGCUUACACCAUGGUUGUAACUGAGAAAUGUGAUGUUUAUAGUUUUGGAAUGGUGGCACUUGAAGUAUUGAUGGGUCGUCAUCCAGGAGAACUACUUUCAUCAUUAUCAUCUUCUCCUAAUCAAAAUAUGAUGCUUAUUGAUCUCUUAGACCCACGCCUUCCAUGUCUUGCGGACACAAUGGUCGUGCAGGAUAUUGCUCUUAUUUCAAGAAUUGCAUUUGCUUGCUUAAGUUCUAAACCAAAGUCACGACCGACAAUGCAUCGUGUGUCUCAUGAAUUUCUUGGCCGCAAGACACCAUUGGAAAAACCUUUUCAUGAGAUUUCCAUCUCAGAGAUGAGAAACCAAAAUAUAUAUGCAGUUGGUGAAUCAGAGGGUUAGGCAUGGAGGUCUUUCACUGUUAUGUAGCAAUAGAUCUUUUAUUUGGCCUAUCUUUUUAGGUUUCUUCUCUUAAUGUAGCCUUUAUUUUUUUUUAAAUAUAAUAAAGUAUCUUUUCA